AAGUACCGGAAGUGGGGAUCUGAGGAGUUCCUCCUGCGGCCCCAGGAUGGCCCUGGACGGGCUGUCAGGCUAUGUGUACAAAGCAGCUGCCGAGGGGCGAGUGUUGACUUUGGCUGCGCUCUUGUUGAACCGGACAGAGUUAGAAAUACGUUCUUUGCUCGAAUCUGUGACCCAGCAGGGUGGCCAAAGGUCUACCCCCCUUAUCAUCGCCGCCCGCAAUGGGCACAGCAAGGUGGUGAGAUUGCUAUUGGAGCAUUACCGGGUGGAUACACAACAAACUGGCACCGUACGAUUUGAUGGAUAUGUAAUUGAUGGAGCCACAGCUUUGUGGUGUGCAGCAGGAGCUGGACAUUAUGAGGUAGUAAAGCUUUUGGUUGGCCAUGGAGCCAAUGUUAACCAUACAACGGUAACAAAUUCUACCCCCUUGCGAGCAGCCUGCUUUGAUGGUAGAUUGGACAUUGUCCGUUUCCUUGUAGAAAACAAUGCAAAUAUCAGUAUUGCCAACAAGUAUGACAACACCUGUCUGAUGAUUGCUGCUUAUAAGGGUCACACAGACGUAGUUCGCUACCUACUGGAACAACAUGCUGACCCAAACGCUAGAGCACACUGUGGAGCUACAGCUCUACAUUUUGCAGCAGAAGCUGGGCAUCUGGACAUUGUGCGGGAGCUGGUCAAAUGGAAAGCAGCUAUGGUGGUCAAUGGACAUGGGAUGACACCUUUAAAAGUUGCAGCUGAAAGUUGUAAGGCUGAAGUGGUAGAACUAUUACUUGCCCACUCUGAUUGUGAUGCUCGUAGUCGUGUGGAGGCCCUAGAGUUGCUGGGAGCUUCUUUUGCCAAUGACCGGGAAAACUAUAAUAUCACUAAAACUUACCAGUACUUGUACCUAGCCAUGUUGGAGAGAUUUCGUGAUCCUGCCAACAUUCUCCACAAAGAAGUGCUACCUCCUAUAGAUGCCUACGGAAAUCGAGUUGAAUGUCGAAAUCCAAGGGAGCUGGAUGCGAUCCGUCACGACACAGAUGCCCUGCAUAUGGAGGGUUUAAUUGUGCGUGAGCGAAUACUUGGUUCAGAUAACAUUGAUGUGUCACAUCCUAUCAUAUAUCGUGGAGCUGUUUAUGCAGACAAUAUGGAAUUUGAACAAUGCAUAAAGCUUUGGCUGCAUGCUUUGCAACUGCGGCAAAAGGGGAACCGGAACACACACAAGGAUCUUCUAAGAUUUGCACAAGUCUUUUCACAGAUGAUCCAUCUGAAUGAGCCUGUAAGAGCCCAAGAUGUGGAAAGUGUACUCCGGUGCAGUGUUCUAGAGAUUGAGAGAGGGAUGUCACGGAUACAUAACCCCCAAGAACCUGAUGCUCACACAGCACUAGAAAAUCAUGAGUGCAAUCUUUUUACUUUUCUCUACCUCGUUUGCAUCUCCACCAAGACCCAGUGUUCAGAGGAGGAGCAGUCACGCAUUAACAAACAAAUCUACCGGUUGGUGCACCUAGAUCCGCGGACAAGAGAUGGAUGUAGUCUUCUGCAUUUGGCUGUAGACUCAAGCACCCCUGUGGAUGAUUUCCAUACCAAUGAUGUUUGCAGCUUCCCUAGUGCCCCUGUUGCCAAGUUACUGAUAGAUUGUGGAGCAAAUGUAAAUGCCAUAGACAAUGUGGGCAAUAGCCCACUUCAUGUUAUUGUUCAGUACAACCGUCCUAUCAGUGACUUCCUGACCCUGCAUUCUAUCAUCAUUAGCCUUGUGGAGGCAGGUGCUCACACAGACAUGACCAAUAAGGAGAAAAAGACUCCUUUGGAUAGAAGUACCACAGGUGUAUCAGAGAUCCUACUGAAAACCCAGAUGAAGCUCAGCUUGAAGUGCCUGGCAGCCAGAGCAGUCCGACUGUACAACAUUAAAUACCACAACCAGAUCCCACGAACUCUAGAGGAAUUUGUGGAGUUUCAUUGAACACUUGUACUGACUGAUGUCUUUUUUACUAUUGUAAAUAUAUUUAGGGGUGGAAUUAAGUGAUUUCAAAGAUGUUUCAAUGGAUGUUUUAGAGCAGGGUUUGACAGAUUUUACAUCAGUCUUAGAUUCCUGAGGAUCCAGCUUAAAUUUUUCAGAGGUGAGACAAUAUCUGUUUAUAGAUAUUUGUAAAAUAAUCCAAAACUGUAAGAGCUGUGGCUUCCUGCCUCUUGGGUUUGGUCAAGCCCUGCUUUUAAAGCAUUACAUUUGUGUAUGGGCCAUUUUUUGUGGUGAGGAAGCUUUUAGCAGUGUAUUAAUCUAAGGUCUAAUAGAAACUUAAGGUGCUUCCCUAGAAUAAUGUGUUUCUGUCAGGACAGAAUUCUCAGUGGAGUUUCCAAAACCCGUUACAAUUUUAUCGAAUUUAAUGGUGUUUGGUACAUUUUAUGUUAUAUGGAGUUUUAUUUUUUUUUCUGAUUUUAUUUUUUUUAAGGUUUGUGCAUCCGUCCACUGUCCGCAGUUUGCUUGCUGAUGUCAGAUAAUAUUAGACAUGCAUUUAGUCUGAAUGUCGUCAGUGAGGCUGUCAUUAAGAGCUAGCUUUGGCUUUAGUAUUUCUUCUUUUUAAAGUCAGUCAUUUAAAUGUACCAACUAUCCAGCACAAGCCAAAGGUUAAAAAAUUUUUUUGUGAAGGACAAAGUAAUUCAAUCAAAUUCCCCACAACCAGCACACCCGUUGUCAUUAGUUAUUUGUAUAAUGAAAUGACCCAAAUAAUUUGCCUGACAAUUUUCUUCAAUUGCAAUAUUUCUUGAAUAAUUAUUCAAACACUUUCAGUAGUAUCCUCACUGUUAUGAGAGGUCUGAUUCUCGCCCUAAUUUAGAAAAAUUCUUCAUAUAAAUGUGUGUGUGUGGUGGGGGGGGGGGGGGCUUGGCUACUUUCACUCUUAGUAAUUUUAGGUGCCUGGCAAAUCUAAUGGUCUUAUCUCUACCCUUGGUGGCCCACACAGAAUAGUGUGAUGAUCUUAUUUUGACUUUUAAGGCAGGGGUAUAGAGCCAUUGUUGCACUAACAUAAUUUUAUUUUUAUAAAACAUAUUUUGCACACCCAUUCUUACUGCUCCUAAUGCUUUCAGUGGUGACAGAUGUGAAACCUUAUACACAAUUUGUGCUCCUUAUACAUGAUCUGCUUUGUGUAUCCACAAUCUGUGUUCCUUAUACAUGAUCUGUGCUCCUUAUACAUGAUCUGUGUUCUGUAUCCACAAUCUGUGCUCCUUAUACAUGCUCUGUGUUCUGUAUACACAAUCUGUGCUCCUUAUACAUGAUCUGCUUUCUGUAUACACAAUCUGUGUUCCUUAUACAUGAUCUGUGUUCUUUAUACACAAUCUGUGCUCCUUAUACGUGAUCUGCUUUCUGUAUACACAAUCUGUGUUCCUUAUACAUGAUCUGUGUUCUUUAUACACAAUCUGUGCUCCUUAUACGUGAUCUGCUUUCUGUAUACACAAUCUGUGUUCCUUAUACAUGAUCUGUGUUCUUUAUACACAAUCUGUGCUCCUUAUACGUGAUCUGCUUUCUGUAUACACAAUCUGCGAUAGAAACUUUAUCAUUUAAAUUACAAAUUAAAGGGAUAUUCCAACACAAACUAUGGUGGGGCUAGAGGUAAGCUUGCUGUUAAAAAAGGCCACGUACACAUCAAUUAGAAGCUGUAGAGUGCUCUGAGAUCAUAGACAUAGUGCUUUUUGUUUCUGAGUCUAAAAAAAAAUGCAUCUUUUAACAGCAACUUUUUUGCAAACUUGCUUAAAUUGUAUGUAUAGACCAAGAAUAGUCUGUGUAGGAAGUUUCCUUUAAUUAUUGCCGUACAAUAAUUUAAUGAUGGUGUUGAUUUUUUUUUUCCUGGUCCCCUUGUAUUUUGCUGUUAGAGAGAGUCAGAAUAUCCCAUGUAAACCUAAGCAUAUGUUCACAGUAUUACAUAGAUUUGUUUGAAUAAUUAGAUAAUUAGAUAAUACUUUUCCUUAUAGUUGUGUAGAGCACUUUUUUUUUUUUUUUUUUGGCCCAUAUACAGACAUAUGGUUUAUUUUUUGUUUUUAAUGCUUAUUAGGCAUAUCAUUGUCCGCCAAUAAAGCAAUGGGAGUUUUGCCUAUCAACCUUUAAGCAGUCAGUCUUUAAAGGGACAUUGGACUAUGAAAAUGCACAUUGUGCAUAUACAAGUACUAUUUAUACAUAUUACAAAUAUGUUUGCUAAAAUUAAGGUUACACUGGAGUGGCCAGAAAGCAAAAUUUGUAACUAUGGUUUUCAAAAUGCUGUAAAUUAUCUGUACCAGGAUCUACAUAUUACAGAAUUUGCUUUUUGGCUUCCCAGAGAGAGUAUGACCAGUACACUUGUUAGACAUAAGCAAGAGGUGUUGAAUAUCCUUUUAAAAACGGAUUGCUCUCUGGCUAGUAAGUAGAAGGGCUACUAAUUUACUGGUGGGCAGUGACAUGCCUUAUAAGCAUUAAAAAAAAACUCUACAUUGUAACACCAUUUAAAAUGUUCUAUUUGAGAUACAAAGCCUUAAAAAAUGACUUGUUCUUUUGAGGGCAAAUGAUACAUGCACUUCUUAUUAGCGUCAAAAUUGAAAUGAAGAGCUUUAUCUUAACAUUUUAAAUAGUUCUCUUUGAUGCCUAAUAGAUUUUUGCUGUCCCUUUUAAAGCUUUAAGUCAAGGCAUUGGUAGCAUUGUGAUGUGUCUGUGCAAGAAAAACAUGGAUACUUUGUGAGCUUUCAAAUAGGCCUACAUGUUUACUAUAUAUAUAUAUAUAUAUAUAUAUAUAUAUAUAUAUAUAUAUAUAUAUAUAUAUAUAUAUAUAUAUAUAUAUAUUUUCCAAUUAUUUGACAGAUACCUACAACAUUCCUCUUUAUGGUUCCUUGAAAUGGUUUGAUCAUGUUCAUAUAAUGUCAGCCAUAAACUAAAAACAAUUAGGAAUUCCCUUCUCAUGCAAGUAGUAGUGUAGAAAUAAGCCAUUAUGUAUAAACUCAGUCAAUAUCCAUUAAUUGUUUGUUUGUGGGGCUAUUGGCUUGUGUGCACGGAGCACCAAUCACUAAGCAGCAUUUGGUUUACUGUACAUCAUUGCAAAUUACUUUUGUAUUCAGGUUCAUAAGCACAAGGACGUUAUGCUAUAUAUUGUUGUUUGACUUAUCUCCUCUAGGGAAUGGAAGCUUCUUGUUAUAGCAGUGUCAUAAACUACUUCACAAACUGGGUAAAGAUGUAGCUAAAACCUGUAGCUCUGAAAGAUUAACAAAUUCCCAUUUUACUGGGGCCAAUAUAGUCUGAGGAAUCUGCUGGUUUACCUGAGUGCCUUAUUGCCUUACUGUGUCAUGAAGUCAUUGCUUGUGUCCACCAAUGAAUUAAUGUUUUGUUCAAUGUAUGUUAUGGUAACAACAUCUGUGAUGUCCACUGUUGCUGCAGGUGCAAAGAUCACAUGACCUGUAACAUACAAAUCAUGGAAUGUCUCUCUCUCAGGUACAGAGGGUUCAUAGCUGGAUGUGGAAAUCUUUAACAAAUUAAUUUGAUUUAUUAAUUAAAAAACAAAACAAUGAA